AUGCGCGCCGAUGUCCGCCCCGCGCGCGUGCUCUCCGCCGACGACCAUCAACGGUCACCGCCAUUCGCUCCUUCUCAGCGGGCGCCGAGGCGCAGGUAUGGCUUCCUCCCCACCCCCUUCUGGCCCCCUCCCUCACCUUCCCCUCUUCCCCUUCAUCUCAAAAAAAGUGGUGUACGUACGUGGGGGGCAACAACGGCCGGUGGAUGUCCCCGUGGGGCAAUCUGUGAGUUAAGAGUUCUCUCGACUUAUGUGCGGCUCUCCCCCGCCCCCUUGCCUCCCCGCGUGCAGAAAAUGUUGUGGGUGGGGGGCAACAACGGCCAGUGGUUGUCGCCGUGGGGAUUUAAAAUGAAGGGCUGGAAGGGGCCCAAGGUGCUGCCAGGCGACCUGCUAGUGUUCCAGUGGGCGGGAGAGGUACACUCGGUGCACAAGGUUGACGUGGCGGAUUACACUGCAUGCACGUUCUUGAACGCCAAGACGCUUGCGCGCACCCGCAACUACGGGGAGUAUAUCUAUAAGGUUGUGCCCAAGGAUUACGGCAACACCAUCUACUUCACCAGCAAAGCCAACAAUGACUGUAGCGACGGGAUCAAGGCGUCAUUCACUGUUGGAUAG